UAAUUUGUAAUGUAAAUACUGACUUUGGACUAGUUAUAAAGCGUAAGUAUGUAGAUAGUACAUCAUUCGUUAGGCUAUGAGAGUCGUCCUACGGAGACAAUCGUGUUAACACCCGACACCGUUAUCGAACAAACAAAUGAAAACAUUAAUCGAGUACACUUCACAUGACUAGUGUAGUUUAUCAUUGUGAUGUUAAUUGUAAGACACAGUUCUUUUAUCACACCCAUUUCUUGCUGAUAAGAUUACAGUGUCAUAUGGCCGUGUAGAGCUUCACGUUCCUGCGUUUUCGUAUAAUAACAAAAUUAAAUGUGAUGUAAGUAAAUGGUGUCGAGUGAUGCAGUGUUGUGUGUGUGUACAUCGAUAUGCUAGAUCCUCGUACGGUAGCCGUGAUGAGUAAUGUGAGAGCGAUGGAUUACGGUUCGAGUGAAGGUCAGCAUCGCAGCCGGUCGUCUUCGUGGACGGCGAGGCGAUGGCACAGUGCUCUAUUCAGACAGGAGCCACGGUACUCGCUACAGUAUGAGACUGACGAGAACAGCUACCUUCUUCGACUGAAGAUAAUAGGAGCUUUCUCGUUGGCCAAGAAGGAUAUAUUUGGUGCUAGCGACCCAUAUGUUCGCGUGGAGUUACAGAAGGCGGAGGGCGAUGUCACCAUCGAGACAUUUCUCACCAAGACCAAGAAAAAGACCCUGAAUCCAGUAUGGAACCAGGAAUUUAUAUUCAGGGUGAAACCGCAAGAGCACAAGCUGCUGAUCCAGGUGUUCGACGAGAACCGGCUCACGCGCGACGACUUCCUGGGCAUGGUGGAGGUGCCGCUGUCGGCGGUGGGCGCGGAGCACGCGGCGGCGGCGCGCCCGCCGCUCGUCAAGUACCCGCUGCGCCCGCGCAGGUCCGUUGCCAGGUCUCGCGUCCGCGGCUACAUUGAGGUUUACCACGCGUUGGUGGGGCGCGUGGGGGCGGACAGCGGGUCUGACGGCGGAGGCGGGGGCGAGACGGACGGGGAGACGGGGGAGGGGCGGGAGGGAGGCGAGCCCGCGCCGCAGGAGGACUGGGAGAUGGUGGAGCCCGCGCCGCAGGUCGGGAACGUACAGCCGUGCCCCGGUCGAGCCGAGACCGUGGCGUCGUUCGUGGGCGACGACUGGCUGUUGAUAGACGCUUCAGAACUCGAGCAUAGUACGAUCGGAGGGGAUCCCCUGCCGCCUGGUUGGGAGGAAAGACAGGACGCUAACGGCAGGACAUACUACGUGAAUCACAUCGAGAGGACCACGCAAUGGGAGAGGCCUACGUUUACCCGCCACAUGAGCGUGGAGUCGCAAGCGGAGCGCAUCGAGAACGCGGCCACGGAGUUCCAGCGCCGCUUCCACAUCGACGACGAGCGCGCCGCCAGCCCCUCACAAGCGCUCCACAACCAGGAGGAUGUGUCGAAUAGAAGUGCGGAGAAUAAUUCGACUGAACCGACGCCAUUCUCGACGCCGCCGCACUCGCCGGACCGGCGCGACGACGAGCCCACACAUAGCAUUAGUGAAACAGACUGUGAUAAUAAUUUAAGAGAGAACGGAGCCAGGGAGGACGACGACGUCGUGUGCGCGAACGAGCCGCGAACAGAGCCGCGAACCGAGCCGCAGACUGAACUUAACGCGGGGGAGAAUGAGACGGUGGACUCUAGUCUACCCGACGAGCAAAACGAGACCACCGUGGAGAAUGGGGAAGUGGAGGCGGUAGAGAAUCAGGAGUUGGAUGAUGCAUUGACGUUUGACGAGAACCAUUUCAGUACGCCGACAGGCGGCGCGUCGCCGGCGCGCUCCCGCCGCCACAGCUCCAGCGAGGAGGAGACGGACGGGUCGUCGGAGUCGGCGCGCAGCAGCAGCGCCGGCAGCGCGCACAGCCACUCCUUGCCGAACAGCGAAGGUCUUCCGCCCGGCUGGAGUAUGCAGAGAGCACCAAACGGCAGGAUAUUCUUUAUAGACCACAACAAGAAGACUACCACGUGGAUAGAUCCUAGAACAGGUUGUGCGUCGAGCCUGCCGACGCCGGCUGGCGCGGGGGGCGCUGGGGGUGCGGGGGGCGCGGGGGGCGCGGCCGACGCCGACGAGCUCGGCGCGCUGCCCGAGGGCUGGGAGGAGCGCGUGCACACCGACGGGCGCAUCUUCUUCAUCGACCACAACACGCGCACGACGCAGUGGGAGGACCCGCGGCUGUCGAACCCGCAGAUCGCGGGCCCCGCCGUGCCUUACUCGCGCGACUACAAGCGCAAGUACGAGUACCUCAAGAGCCAGCUGCGCAAGCCGGGCAACGUGCCAAACAAAUUCGAGAUCAAAGUGCGUCGCAACUCGAUCCUGGAGGAUUCGUACCGCAUCAUCAGCUCGGUGAGCCGGCUCGACCUGCUCAAGACCAAGCUGUGGGUGGAGUUUGAGUCAGAGGUCGGGCUAGACUACGGCGGCCUCGCACGGGAAUGGUUCUUCCUCCUCUCCAAAGAGAUGUUCAACCCUUACUACGGCCUGUUCGAGUAUUCAGCGAUGGAUAACUACACGCUGCAGAUCAACCCGAACAGCGGCGUGUGUAAUGAAGAGCAUCUCAACUACUUCAAGUUCAUCGGCAGGGUGGCCGGCAUGGCCGUGUACCACGGGAAGCUGUUGGAUGCGUUUUUCAUCCGUCCAUUCUACAAGAUGAUGUUGGGCAAAGCGAUCGAGCUGCAGGACAUGGAGUCCGUCGACCUCGAGUACUACAACUCGCUCAUGUGGAUCAAGGAAAACGACCCUUCGGAGCUGUACUUAACGUUCUCGGUCGACGAGGAACAGUUCGGCAAGACGAUACAGCGCGAGCUGAAACCAGACGGAGCCAACAUACCCGUCGACGAGGAGAACAAAUACGAGUAUAUAAGGCUGGUGAUCCUGUGGCGGUUCGUGAGCCGCGUGCAGGAGCAGAUGUGCGCGUUCCUGGAGGGGUUCGGCGCGCUGGUGCCGCUGCCGCUGCUGAAGAUCUUCGACGAGAACGAGCUGGAGCUGCUGCUGUGCGGCAUCCAGCACAUCGACGUCCGCGACUGGCGCGCCAACACGCUCUACAAGGGCGACUACCACGCCAACCACAUCGUCGUGCAGUGGUUCUGGAGGGUGGUGCUGUCGUUCUCGAACGAGAUGCGGUCUCGCCUGCUGCAGUUCGUGACGGGCACCUCGCGCGUGCCCAUGAACGGGUUCAAGGAGCUGUACGGCUCCAACGGACCCCAGCUCUUCACCAUCGAGAAGUGGGGGGCGCCCGACAACUACCCGCGGGCACAUACAUGUUUCAACCGCAUCGACCUGCCGCCGUACGAGAGCUACCAGCAGCUCCGCGAGAAGCUGAUCAAGGCCAUCGAGGGCUCGCAGGGUUUCGCCGGAGUCGACUGAGGGCUCACCGCCCGCGCCCGCCACGCCGCCACUGCACUGCGCAGGAGGAUCACUCGCGUCCAGCGACACUGGCGCGUCUAGCUCCAUACAACACGUCAACACUCAGUGCUCCAAACGCUUCUAAUAUACAUACGACACUCAAAGUUUAAGUGAUGCAAGCGCUCUGAGUACAAGUGCGAAAAUACGAAAAGUGCAAUCAAAAUUCUUUAUCGUCGCUCUACGUGUGAUCGUUAACACGCUUUCAAGAAUCAUUAAAUAGAUAUAUAGAGGCUCAUUUCUAGUACGAACGGGGGUCACGCCAUUUCAAGCGGCGCGUGCGCUUCAUGAAUCCCACGCAAUCUAGAUCGCUGCAUAUGACAAAAUGGCCUUCUAAAACAGUACUUAUAAGGUUAGCAGAUUACUUUCAAAGGUUCGUAUUUUCUCGGUAUAAUAUAUAACAGGUGACACGGUACAGUUUUUUUUUAUGACAAAAUACAUUGCGCCCGAUGGUGAGUACUGCGCAGUGUAAUUUUAAGAUCGACUGACGAUAGUAUUGCCUGGCUGGUAAAAUAAAAAAAUCUUUGCACGCGCCAAUUUCUACUUUUUUUUAAAUCGACAUAACAAAAAAAUAUUUCCAUAUUUCACCACAACAUGGCGACGUUUUUUUUCUGCUCAGAUUAUACUGCCAAUAGUUUGAUUGUCUAAAGCUGGCUCGUAUACAUUCACAAAUACUGUAAGUAAAAAACAUGUCAGUCGUCAUGACAACGGAAAACUCGCGCAUCAACAAUCGAAAAUACAGCAUGAUGUUUUAAUUUGCCCCUUCUAUUGUAAUAUGAAAUUUUUGAACAUACUGUAUAAGUACUAUGAACGUAUUAUAUUUUUUUCAUCACCCUGUAUAAGUAGUAUGAACGUGCCAGUUUUAGUAAAUCGAUCUAUAAAUAAUCGAUAGGGUCGAUUGAUGAAAGUAGUUUCUCUCAAGCAUCGUGACUACUACUCGAGAACUAUAGUUAUUCUGCUGGUCAAUUGUGAUUGUUAGCACUUAGUUUCAUUUUAAAUUAUAUUUUCGGUUUAGAGAAGUGGAUAGAAUUAUUGAAAGUGGUUUAUUUUGGCAAAA